CCUAGCUUUGGAUGGGUUAAUUAACCACGCCUUCCGUUCCUUUGUUUCCUGAGAGCAGAGGUGAAUAGCCAAUAAGAUAAGUCAAUCAUUCACAGGGACGCAUUACUAGAUGAAGUCCCAGAUGAGGAAGUACCAGUUUUGUGUCGUUCCCACCGGUACAAUAAUGUCACCUUUGGCAGGAUCCUGAGAAGCUUGGUGGAUGAUGCCAGGCCAGUCGAUUCUGUGUCUCUCACCACCACUGACCCCACAGGACUGAGGAUCUGAGAGGGAAGCUUUGUUUGCCAGGUAUCCUGGAGACCGCGGGAACAUAUCAGGAAAAAAAGGUGAUGUAUCCAAGCCUCUUCCUGGAUAUGAGGUGUGAGUCUGGAGCUGAAGUGUGAAGAAAAAAAAAAGAGUUGUUGAGGCGACAGGUGGCUUUUUAUUCUGAAUGGCAAUUCUGUGACAUGGCGGAGCUCCCGCUCCUGUGAGCCAAGGAUGUCCGUCUGUGGUUGGAAUAAAAGGACCGUUGAGGGACUGUCUCGCCUGUGUGUUUAAGACAUGACAUACCUGGUUCACACGGCUAACCCUCAGUUCGUGGGCCUCUGGUUAAGUGGUGUUGGCUGGCUCCUCACCGGCGCGACCCUCGGCAUCAUCCAGUGGAGGGCCUGGCGAGUGGCCGACCUCACGUUCAUCACCUCGGGCGUGGCUUGGAUCGGGGUGUGGAGGGUGUGCUUCUACAGCCACACCCUUGUGACCUCGAGUUUCCAGAUCAUGUACUGUAAGAGUAUGUCCCCGUUGGACAGCUUCACCCCCCCAGAGGUCACUGCCGCCCAGGUGCUCGUUCCGGCAGCGCUGGUCGUCGGGUUCUGUGGGAACGGCGCCGCCAUUUACGCACUCCGGAACGUCUACUUCGGACUGGAGAAACGGACGGCCAUACGGCGGACGUUCGCGCUGGCUGGCACGCUCUGCCUCCUCUCGGCCGCGUGCUUUCUCGUACCGCUCCUUUGGAACUUGAACUCAGUCUUGGCCAAUCGGACGAUUGCUUUUCCUCCAGACUUCCACAUGCCGCCUGCGCCCGUGUCCCAGGUGGCAGGGGAGGGUAUAGGGGUCGGGAUCGUGGGGUCAUUCCUGAUGAUCGUCAGUGGUGUUAUCUUCAUCUCAUACAGGUUACCUGUUAAAAAGGGACUAUGGGUGGAACGGUCCCGUCCUGAUGCGAGGCACAUUGAUGGGUCCAUUGUUAGGACAGGGGGACCCAGUAAGGAUGGUCUGAGGGACUUUCAGGCCAGAGAAAAUCCUGCAUUCCACUCAGACGAGCAGCUGUGAUGUAAGAUUUUUUUUUCUGAAAAAAGGUGUCUGAGUUUAACGUAUUUAAUGUUAUAUUGUACUGGUGGGGACUUUUUUCCAUUUCUUUUUAUGUUGGAGUUAUUUUAUUUAAUUGACUGCGUUGCUUAGUGUCCACCAUACAAGCGUUUCGCCACACCCGCGUCAAUAUCUGCUGUAAUUGGUAUGUUUAUAAUAGAACCUUACUGAUUUGAAGUAUUGAAGCAGGCUUUGUGACGGACUAAAGCAAUUGCCAAUGUAUGUGUAUAUAACUGAUUUUGCACAUUUUAUGAUUGAGAUUGAUUCUUAAUUAAUUCUUGAUGAAUAUUUAGAAUGAAGGUUACCUAUAAAAUAAUAUCUUUAAUGGUAAAAUGCAAAUUGUGAUAUAAUUAGAUUUAACAAUGCUUAACUGCUAUGAAAGCCAUUGUAACAUUUCUGUACUGUUACGAUAAAUAAACAUGCUAAGCAGAUUGCCAUUCUAAUGCAGCAUUGCUGUUAUGACAGUCUUUUCUCUAAUCUUCCACCUAGCAGAGCUUAACAUUUCAGUUUCAACUAUUAAGAUUUAAAGGUAGAACACAAUUUUCAAGAAGUGUUAAUAUAUUUCAAUAUAUAUAUUUUA